CCGGCGAUUUCAAGCCAAGUGACGUCAGCCACCGUAAGUGAAAAUGACGCAUCCAACGUCUGUUGUUAACAUUAGACGUCGAUGACGCGGAAAACGACACGUUCGCGUGUGCACUGAAGUCCAUAUCGCCAAACACAACGGCAUUUGGUUUCUGGAAAAACGGUACCGACUACCAGUUACAUGUGUUGAACAGCCCUAACCUCAAAUACGCAGUAACGUCAUCGUAUGACGUCAUGGUCCGUUGCUGGGACCAGAAAGGCUAUUCAUCCAUGACCUUUGUCAUGUCUAUGUGAUCCCUAACUACCCUCCGGUCUUCACAAACCUGCCUACUGCGGAAAGAAACAUUAAUGCUAAUACUACAUCGAUCGGAACUCACGUGUAUACGGUGUUGACCUCUGAUGUCGACAGCCCGUCGGUGACUUACUCUAUGACGUCAAUGCCGGAAGUCCCGGAACUUUUUGAAAUCAGCCCAGCUACGGGUGAAAUCAUGACAGUGGUAAACUUGAAGUAUGCUGUCCAUAACGGCUAUUUGUUGACCAUCACAGCCUCAGACGGCAAGGAUAACACAACUGGGUACUUGAAGAUCAACUUGUACAACGUGAACAGCGUCCCAGUGAUUCGGAAUCUUCCCGCUGAGAUAUACGUCAACGAGAACACCCAAUUCGACACGGUUUUGUACACAGUAUACACGGAUGACCCCAGGGACGUAGUCUACGUGUACUUCGUCGUCGAUCCAGUCGCGCUGAAGAACAAGUUCUACAUGCACUUUAAUACUACCCAGCUAAGACAGCAUCAUAGCCUGCUUGAUUACGAAGAGUGCAACUACUUCGUGGUGACGUUUUAUGCGUAUGACCCCAACUUAGCGACGUCUGCGCCAUACAAUUUAACUAUCAACGUCCUUGACGUCAACGAAGCGUGUGAUUUCACCCCUGACUUGUAUUACAUUUCUCUGGACGAAGGAAAUAGUUUUACGAAUAACGUCGAUCCAAACUUUAACGUCAAAGACGUUGAUGUCGGUGAUAUUGUGACGUUCGAAAUCGUCAAGACGUCAACUGCCGCGAGUACUUAUUUCGCAAUUAAUCAGUCCACCGGAGUUAUUACCCAUGCUUUGAACUAUAACGUCGACACUGGCGUUCACCCUAGUAGCGUCACUUUACUGAUACUUGGCGUCGAUCUUCGCCUAAGGACAUGCACUGCCACCGUCAGCGUAACCGUAACUGACGUCAACGACAACGUUCCGUCCUUCUCCGCCGUCUCGUACGUAAAGACAAUCUACGAACAUGACGGACUAGGCACCACCGUUAUGCAACUGAAAAAUUCCGUCACUGAUCGAGAUUCCGGGAACAACGCUGUGAUAGUGUUCACGUACAGAGCAGUGACGGCCGGAUCUGACGCCUUCUUUCACUGGACUCCUGAUGGCGUUGGAACGCUGACAGUGUCUGCAAGUGACGUCAUGACGCCAGGUGACAUCCACAGAUUUCUAGUGACGGCGGCGGAUAUGGGCCAGCCCCCGCUAGCCGCGACAAUGACAGUGGAUAUUGUCUAUUUGCUUAACGGAACUACGCUCGCACCGGAAGUUACUACGGUAACGGAAACGACAUCAGGUGAAUUCUGGGAGCAGACGCCCAACAUCGUACUUGUGACUCUCGUCUGCUUCCUUGGUAUGCUUCUCGCCGGUGGUGCCGCAUUUCUGGCGUACAGAAAGUGUUCCGGAAACGAAAGCAAAUCUAGCCCACACUCUUCACCGUCUUCGCAACAUCGCAAGAUCAAGCCACAACCAGCUACGCCACCAGAUCGGCCUAAGUUCGACUUUUGGCACAGCAGCCCACAUGACAUUGGCGGCGUGAUUCAUCAAGGUUUGGUUACCCCGAGCAUAUGAUCACAGGUCCGUAGUUUGAUCACAGGUCCGUAGGAGAUGCAUGCUGCACAUAAAAAAGAUGUUUUUAAAAUUAUUGCGAUGAUAUACUGAGUAGAUGUUGCUGAUGUAUUCUUGCUUUAAAUGACAGAAAGGUCAAUGUUAACAAAUAGUUGGAUAUCAUUUAAUCAGAAACUACAUGUAGUUUUUUUUCUGUAUGGUUUGAAGCUCAAAUACAAGUAUCGAUGGCUGAGCAGAAACUUGUUAUAUCAUCUUAAUAUUACUUUAUAACAGACAACUCUCAGAAAAACAUGUUUGUAAUCACUGUCAUGAAACACUAAUUAACACUAAUUAAUGUUGCAAAACAUCAAUAUUCUUAUUUGUUAAUGUGUAAGAUAUUUCAGAGUUUCUUUUAAAGAUGUUCACCAGUCUUAUUUCAGAUUAUAUUGUCAUUUCCAUUUGCAGAUUUUGAAAAAAAAAGAUUUGCAUACACACCCUUUAAUCCUAUACAUGUAAUUAUCUCCUCCCACAUCAUGUGACAUUUUUUCGCGCAUGUUAUUAGUAAUUUCUUGCCUAGAAUUGUAAACCUUUAUUCAAACAUCACCUGCAUUGCACCGAUUGUGUGAUGUGUAUCUUUUCUCUGUUAAAAGUUUGAAAUAUUAAGAGAAUGCACUUGUACACAAUUAAAUCUUUGAGAGAUA